UGGUUAACACCUAAUCAUUUGAAUAUUUUAGUAUUAAUACAAGGUCUAAAUUAGUUUGGUUUAUUCGACAUUUGUAUAAAACAACAAACAUUUCCUUUCCUUUCAUUUAUAAUUUUUCUUCACUUCCUUCUUCCUCCAUUAUUUCUAUUACUGCUAAUAAUGGCUGUGAGACACUCUCCAUUUGCUGCUACUCUAAUUUGGAAAUCAUCUUCCACCAAAAGGGGAAGACCUGCGCAUAGAGUAGUGUUGGUGUGUUCAAGUGAUCAAAAUAUUUCAAUCAAAGCUACAAGUAACUCUACUGCUAUUCAAAUCAGAUCAACAUCAAGCCAAAAACUUAAGGUAUUUGAAGAUCGGUCGACAGGGAUAGUCUGUUAUAGAGAUGAGAAUGGAGACAUCACUUGUGAAGGAUAUGAUGAAGGUCCUCGUUACUGCCAGCAAUUGCCCAGAUUUUCCUCUAAGUCAAGAGAUGAAGAAAUCAUAGAACUCCUCCAAAGAUGCUGGCUUCAUAUAGCUGAUUCUGCAGAGUUCAAUUAGAUUCUCAGCACUUUCGUACUACUGACAAUAACACAAUGAAACAGUGAUAGCUCGUUUCCGCGUCCUAGCUUGCUUGUUCAGUUGUUGCUGGAGUAUGAGAUAAAGGACCUUUCUUUUCAAGGUCCUAGUGUAAAAUAGUCCAAUGUUAAAAAAGCAUUGAUAAUUAAUUUUCUCAUUGCAACC